AUGAGCGCCCGAUUCAAGUCGUUCGGCUUUCCCAGACGUAAAGACAAGCACAACUCCGCUCCACUCCCCACCCCCAACGUCAACCCUGUCCCCUCCAUCGGUUCUUCUCCCACAUCACCUCCUUCCAACCGCAGUUCCUCCACCACAAGUCUUUCCCAGACGACUACGGGCCGACCGCCCAGUUAUUCAGUUAACAGUCUCACCAACCGUCCAACAAGCCCCUUGGCUCCUGGUCAGCAACUCGUCCAACAUCCCGCCCCGCUUAACCCUUCCACCAUGAAUCAAUACGGUCAACCUAUCCCACAGCAAAUGAAUGCGCCUCCAGGAUAUGGCAUGCAGCAACCACAGCAGCUAGGGCACGGCGCCCCUGCUGGUAUCCCUCAGCAGUACAUAGCACGAAACCCGGCCGAGGUCCAGAGUGCAGAUCGCAGCAAGGCACAGCUGAUCGUUGGUAUUGACUUUGGUACCACUUUCUCUGGUGUCGCGUUCGCCUUUGCAACCAACAAUGAAGCCAGGGAGGACAUCAUCACAGAAUGGCCCGGUGCCGGAACUCAUACCAAACAAAAGAUUCCCACUGUCCUCUACUAUGAUCAAUACCAGAAAGUCGUGGGCUGGGGUCCAGAUAUCGCCGAGGCGCUGGCGCCUACCGGAUACCCCAAGCCGGGUGUGCAGAAGGUAGAGUGGUUCAAGCUUCAGCUGAUGCUUUCUGGAAACACCUAUAUCGAUCCCAUCAACCUGCCCCCACUGCCCCCGGGCAAGUCCGAGAUCGAUGUCGCAGCUGAUUACCUCUUCAAGCUACGACAGGCGAUGCGCGCCCAACUACAGAAGACCCUGGGUGAGGUGUUCACUCGUGAGGAGCGCAACAUUCGCUACUACUUGACAGUCCCGGCCAUCUGGAAUGACGCGGGCAAAGCGGCUACUCGUGCCGCCGCCAUCCAGGCUGGUUUCCUGCGCGACGAAAAUGACAAUCGGUUGACACUGGUCUCAGAACCAGAGGCCGCAGCCCUCUUCUGUGCGAAGACUGGAUUGCUGAACCUAAAAAUUGGUGACGCGAUCUUGAUCGUAGAUUGCGGAGGUGGUACCGUUGAUUUAAUCGCAUACGAGGUGGAGGAGGAACAGCCCUUCAGUGUGAUGGAAUGCACCGCUGGUUCGGGUGACUCCUGUGGUUCGACAGCGCUCAACCGCAACUUUAGCAACAUCUUGCGGGCCAAGAUCCGAAAGAUGAAGCUGCCUGAUGGCUCACGAACGGCUGGCAAAGUUUACGCCAAAUGUAUUAUGGACUUUGAGAACCGCAUCAAAGCUGACUUCCGUAACAACGGACAGAAGUGGGCUGUUGAUGUUGGUAUCGAAGCAGACUUCCCUGAUGCUGGAAUCGAGGAGGGUUAUAUGACUUUCACCAACGAGGAAAUCCUCCAGUGCUUUGAGCCUGUGGUGAACCGCAUUUUGGAGCUGGUCCGGAACCAGAUUAUUGCUAUCCAAGCACAAAACCGCUUGCUCCAGAAUGUUUUGGUCGUUGGUGGAUUUGGUGCCUCCGAAUACCUCUUCCAGCAAAUCAAACUUCACGUCCCUCCUCAAUAUCAAACCAAGGUUGUUCGCCCUAUGGACUCGGUGGCCGCCAUUGUCAAGGGUGCCGUCACUGCCGGUAUCACCGAGCGAGUUAUUACUCACCGUGUCGCCCGUCGACACUACCUUAUGGCCACCUUGCAGCCAUUCAAAGAAGGUUACCACCCCGAGCAAUACCGAGUACCCAGCUUGGAUGGCCGCGACCGAUGCAAGUACACCCGCCAGAUCUUUGUUCAAAAGGGCGAGCGUGUCAAGAUUGGAGAACCCGUCAAGGUCAGCUUCUUCCGUCAAGUGGCCCCAGGUGCCACCCUAAUGUACGAGGAUGUUCUAUACGCCUGCGACGAAGAUGUCUGCCCCGAGUACACCAAGGAUCCUCGCAUCAAGGAAGUUGUCACUCUUACCUCAGAUUUGUCGCGCAAGAACCUGGAGACUGACUUUGAACGUAUGGACACCCCACAGGGUGUCUUCUACCGGGUAUACUUUGACAUCUACCUCACUUUGGACGGCAGUGAAUUCAGCGCCGAACUGGUUUGUCAAAAUGAGAUUAUGGGCCGCUGCCGUGCUAAAUUCCGGUAA